AUGCCAUCAAGGGCUCCCGGCGCUUACAUGUACACUCGCCUCCCAGCAGUAAUGGCUCAUUCAUUAACACAGAUUACAGGAACAGUCUUUGGGGGUCUCAUUUUCCGAUUUCGGGAAGCUGUGGAUUUUUAUCAGCUUCGCAUGCGUCGAUUUGUACUUCUCCACUGCUUGUUGGAUAUUGAGGCUGAGGAGAUCAUUUUCAAAAAUGCCGUCUUGCGAGUCCUGGAAAUUGACCACAAGUUUGACAAAAUCGACUGGUUAUUGGCAGAGAGACUUUUGAAAUCGAAGCUAGGAGCGCAAUACAUGAUAUACAAUGACUGCAUUGAAAAAGUGCUCGCUAGUGUGAAUGCACUAGCAUUCCUAACUGAUCCGGACAAGAGCGAGAUUAGUGAAGGCAGCAGAAUUGCUUACCAACCAUAUAUCAAGCCUUUGAUAUGGGAUGAGGCAAAAUAUGAUAGAUUUCUGCUUGCGGUCUUGGAUAUAGAUGCUUCAGUUGAAAAGCAGCUCCAAGCCUUACACGAGGCUAACCAGAAGCUCAUGUCUGUCAAUGUGCAGAAGAUUAGUCUCGCGAAGGGAGAAUUUGCUAGGUUCGAAAAAUUGAGGUCAGACUCAUCAGCUGCAGUAUCAAGCCUAGCGUCCGAAUCAUUAUUCGAUUGCUCCUGUCAUCCAAAGCAUGCAACCUUCCUCAAGAUACCCGACUGGUACAAUAAUCAGGACCAAAAAGGAGAAGAACGGAUCUCAGUACUAUUCCAGAACAGAAUUGAGAGCUCUGCCUGGAAGAACAUGGAGAUGAGCUUUGACGUAACAAUAGCAGAAGCUGAGCAAAAGGAGCAACCCCGUCGAAGGGUUCGAUUUGCAGGUGUAAAACAAGAGGUGGAUGAAGAUACAGCUGACUCGAUCAUCAUCAACUUGCCUACAACAGAUCUUUCGCACAGUCGAAACCUAUGUUCCUUCUUCGCAUCAUACCAGGAGUCGAAAUCGAAAAACAGUGGACUCAAUGUCAUACUGACUACUACUUCGGGAUCGCGCGUCAAGAUGACUUCAAUGAUCACAAGCAACGAAACACCCGUUCUCCUGCCGCUAGAAGAACUUUUCAAGGGAUGUGAAAGGAGAUCGCUUACUACGCUAGAAAAGCUCAAACUAUCGAUACAGGCUGCUUCGGCAAUUUUAUGUUGCUCUACAUCUUGGCUCACGGGUUAUUGGAGUACUGCAAAUAAGAACUCCUGGUAUGAUAUUGAUGCCAUUAAAAUCAAUCUCUGGGCCUCCAGGGAUGCCAACGCUGGUCUAGCGGCCGACACACCAGAAUACUCAAUAGGCGCGUUCACGGACCCAGCAAUUCUAGCUCUCUCCAAAUUCUUAGUGGAGCUAUGGUUUGGUGCGCCCUGGGCUCAUGUGAAAAAGGCUUAUGGAUUGCGUCACCAGCGUGGCCUAACAACUGAAGCUGAAGAUCGCAAGAUGCUUGAAGUGAUAUUGAACUGGGCUUCAGACAUGUCUAUUAACCCCCAUGACCGCCCCUUUUACGAGGAGGGUCGCCUUUAUAUGCAUGCAGUGAGGAACUGUUUGGAGUGUGAUUUCGGGCAGAUGAAAAGUUCCAUGUCUGACAAAACAUUUCGAGAGGGAGUAUACAGCAAAAUACUACGCCCAUUGAGAUGGGCAUUGGACGAAUACUUAGCCGCCCAAAUCCGGUUGUUCGGGGAAGUGCGCGAUGUUCAGCCUGAAAAGGAGCACGCAAAUAAGCGUUUGACAAACAAUAGCGCCCUUUUUGACGAUGCUCGUAACAUUGAUGGUACUAAAAAUGCCAUCACAGAUGAGUGGUUCGAAGAUUACUACGCGGAAGUCAAGGAGGUCUCCAGGAGGAUGCGGUCGAGCCGGCCGAGCCUGCCAGAUCAGCGCAUUCGGGUUGCCGUCCUCGACACGGGUAUUGAUACCACUGACUCGCUGCUGCAUCCUUUCAUGCUCAGGCGGCAGAUCAUUUACCAGGACUUUACAUGUACCCAACCGAGCUCCUCACUUAAGGUCCAUGAAGACAAAGUUGGCCACGGAACACACAUAUGCGGCACUCUUCUACGGAUUGCGGAGAAUAUCGAUCUUUAUGUGGCGAGGGUGUCUGUCGACGGCAAAGACUGGAAUGAGUCGCAAGUUGCUAAGGCAAUUAAUUGGGCUGUGGAAGAGAAAAAAGUUCACAUCAUUUCCAUCUCCUUUGGUUUCCCUCGUACCACGGGACGGCUUGAGCCCAUACGACGCGCUAUUCUCAAGGCCAAUGCAGCAGACGUCUUGAUCUUUGCUGCGGCCAGUAACGGUGGGAAAAACAAAUCGAUAGCGUUCCCCGCUUGCAUGGACGAAGUGCUAUGUGUGGGUUCAACGGACGGGAAUGGAAAUAAAUCAAGCUUUACUCCUAAACCUAAGUAUGGCAAAUUCUCUGUGCGGUUGGAGAGUGUAUCGAAUCUUCCUGGCCCACAGAGCUGCUUGGUGAUGAUUUCCCGAGGAAAUCAGGCACAUCUUUUGCAACACCGAUAG